AGGUUGAGGCUUUCCGGCACCGGCACCAAACAAUACGCAUGAACAGCGAGGAACUUCAAAGCUUCAUUCUUCACUUUUUUCGCAACUACGUCUACGUUGUCGCUAUUUCCAUGUCAUAGCACGUAUGCUACAUACCUCUCCGUAGUGCAAUCAUGGACUCCCGAACCUCAGAUAAUUCUGCCGACGAGUCUCGGGCGCCAUCAUUCAUUCAAUUUACCCCCAAACGCGCUAUGGCCUCUUUUGAGAACCUUGUUGCUUUGGCCAACUAUGAAGAACAUUUGAAGGAAGCACGCAAGAUUGUAUGGAGGGAUAGAGGAGAGAGACCAGUGGAACUGGAAGAUUUGUGGGAGUGUGCCGAACAUGCAGGUAGAGGCGGCUGGAGAGCCGGUGGUUUGGCAUUUGCCAUUCGAUCUGGAAUUAAUCUCAUAUUGUUGAUCGCUCGAAUGGAUCGAAUACCUAGGAGGCUCCGCUUUACGCUAAUUCGACAAGCAUUAUUUGGACAGGAGUCCUUACGUUUUGCAGCCAUGUUAGGCUCCUUCGUUGCACUGUACAAAUUCAUUCUUAAUGCCUUACCCAUUGUACUCCCUCCCCCUAAUUCCACGACGAUCACGCAUGCGCACUUACGUUCACAAUUCCGAGCGCAGCUGUCCGACGCAGAGACAGCAUCCCCCUUUGACGAUAACGACGAUGAUUUGGACGACGUUCGUCUCCCAGUAAACGCACAGUUCCUUUCAGAACGCCAAGCACGACUCUCAUCAAGUGCUCAAGCACACCAAGUGUGGGUGCGCAAGAGGACGCGUCGAUGGUAUUCAGUAUUCGCUGGUGCUAUGGCUGGCGGCAUCUCCAUCCUGUUCGAGAAACGCAGUAAUAGGCUUGGGAUUGCCCAACAGAUGUUUGUACGAGGUCUGCAAGGCUCGUAUAACGCGUUCUCAACUAAACGCGGUAUCAAGAUACCCCAUGGAGACGUAAUCGUCUUCUCACUUUGUUCUGCUCAAAUCAUGUAUGCAUUCCUGCUUCGUCAAGAUACCCUUCCCCGUUCGUACCUUAACUGGAUUUAUUCCGCCUCGAGAGUACCACGAGAGGCAGUCAUGAUUAAUAAAGGCCUGGUGCGAGAAGGCGUGUUUGACGUUUCAUACCUUGAUAGCAUCCUCAGCCACUUCAAUGUCACGCCUCAAAACCAAACUGAAUUAAUAUCUCGACGUGCCAUGGCAGUUGCGACAAAUCCAACACCGGAUUUUGGAUUUCGAUAUGCGCCCUGUUCUGCUGUUCAUCCGUGGCAGGAUUCUUGCAGACUGGAGCAGAUCGGUCGUUUCUUCUCCGUUUUCCGAUGGAUGCUCCCCCUCUAUGGGGCAUUGCAUUUCAUCCCGAUGCUUCUAUUCAAAAGAAACGUCGUGUUCAAGACACCAAUGAAAAUGCUCCUCAGGGCUGCGAUAGGAACUGCCCGUAGUUCGGCAUUUCUAGGCGUCUUCGUCAUGAUAUACCAAUCUUUGUUUUGUUCCAAGCACAAUAUGUAUUCCUAUCUUACUUCCCUUCGCACAUCUGUUGACGCUGCACGUUCGCGCUUGUCAUAUCUUCUGUCCAUCAUCGCGAGGCGUCUUCCGCAACCCGUGGUCGACGUUUUCAUUAGCAAAUUUUCUUUCUGGCUUGUCGGCCUCGUUACUGGUCUAUCGCUAUUUGUCGAGGAAAAGAGGCGGAGAGAAGAGCUGGCAAUGAAGGGCUUGGUAUUCAAGACGGGGGAGUUUGGUGAAGUCUUGCUGACCUCGAUUGGUAUGGGAAUGGUGAUGAGCAUAUAUCAGAACGACCCUCAACACCUUUCUGGUCUAGUGCGACGUAUUCUGUACCAGUUCAUUGGACCGAAUUGAUAAUCGGUGUAACAUAUCUCCAAUGUGAUACAGGAUGACAGCAGGUUGCUCUGUCGCAUUGAGUUGGGUAUUUCUUGAAGUACUAGCUGUGCUGUCUCAUUGGUUCCGAUGGAAAUGAAAUAAAUUUCCUCAUAAUGUUCGUAGCGGCUAAGAUAAGGCUAAUCAGUUGCGAUAGAAAUAAUCCCAUAUCGCUAAUCUGACUUACUGCGGGAUGUUAACAACCCUUGCAAUCAGCAUUUAUACAGAAAAAUGUAUUAGAAUCAGGGUUAGGAAGCCGUCAGGGAUUAGGGCGAAGUGGACGAGCAUCUGUGGAGGGAAAGCCUAACCUGGUUGAUAUAGAGGAUAAAGGAGUUGAGUAGUUACAAAGUACGCAUGCGGAUUUUGUUGAAGUGGGGAGAUGAUGAUGAGAUAUAUGGUAAGAUGAAGCAGAGAUACGAAAUUGGACAAGUAUGCAGGAUGGGAGAAGAGGUUGAUGUGAAGUACGCAUGCGGAUUUUGUUGAGUGUAUGGGUCAAAGUACAGAUAAGAUAUGAGUAUGGACUCUGGUAAGAGC